GGCAAAGAUAAGUCUCAAAAUGACAACUCAACUUAAACUCAAGUUUAAUUAUUUUUAAUACCUUUUUAAAUAUUUUUUUAUCAAUUUAAUAAUCUGUUUAGUUAUUAAACAUUAAAUAACCAUUAUCAACUUAAAUGGAAUCUUCUAAAACACCGAUAUCAGGAGAUAUCGGGUCCACAAGUGUUGGAAGACAAGGUAAACCCAUUAUUGCUCAAGCAUCUGGUUCAACUUCAAUUGGGAUAACCAAGCCAACAACAACCUCAGCGGGAACCAGAUUUAAUAAUAUUGUCUCAUUUGGUAAAGAUUUUUUCUCCUUAAAACGGACCAAACGAUUUACAACAGCUGAAGAUCAAAUUAUUCCAAAUGGUGGACGAUCCAAUCCAGAUUUAUUUAAGACCUCAGUGAACCAGCGAGUACCUCCGGCACCCUCUCUUCAUCCAAAUCCAUUGAAGUCAUCAUUCAGGGCAAAAGAUAACUCCAAAGGAUUUAAAAAGUUCCUUUCUAUGAUAAAGAAAACUGAAUCACCGGCAGCUAAUUUAGAGUCUAAUCAUUUUGUAAGGGGUGGUAUUCGAUCAACAGCUGGACCUAGGCUUAUAUCAGGAGAAAGGCGUAGAUUAGAGAUUGACAUUCCAUUUCCGCGAUUUGAUAAUGCUCUUCUCGCUCAAUGGUUUAACUCUAUUGGUCUUGGGAUGUAUAGUGAGCGAUGUAAACAAAUAUUCCGGACUGGUGAACAAUUAUUCAACGCGACAGAGAAUGAAAUUGAAAAGUAUCUUGGAAUGAAGAACAAGCUUCAUCGUAAAAAGCUGAAAUUGGCUUUAGCAUUUGCAAAUAAUGAUUGUGAUCCAUUGACCCAGGCAGCUCAUCGAUUGGAUUAUUUAUGGGUAGCUCGCUGGUUAGAUGAUAUCGGCUUACCACAAUUCAAAGAAAAUUUCCUUAACGCUCGAGUAGAUGGUGCUGUUCUUCAUCGAUUAACAAUGCAGGAUUUAAUUAACCUGAAUAUAACAGCUAAAUUGCAUUAUUGUAGUAUUAGACGAGGAAUACAAGUUUUACGAGAGCAAAAAUUUGACCCGAAUUGUUUAGAAAGAAGAGCAGUUUCAGAUAAAUUAGCCAGUGAUAGUAAAAAUCCUUCAACUAUUGCUUUAUGGACUUCUCAUCGUGUCAUGGAAUGGCUUAGGUGCGUUGAUCUCUCUGAGUAUACUUCAAGUUUAAGAGGAAGUGGUGUUCACGGAGCUCUCAUGGUUCAUGAACCAGCAUUUGAUGCAGAUUUAUUGGCUUCCCUUUUAGGCAUUCCAAGCUCUAAAUCAUUAUUAAGACGUCACAUUUAUUCAAGUUUCAAUGAUCUAUUAGGACCUGAACUUGUGCAAAUUAAAAGAGAUUAUCUUGUUAAAAAUCCUUCUUCCAUUGCAUCAAGCAAAAUAACUAUUAAAUCAAGUCGCUUUAAUUUGUUGAAACGACGGAGCAAGCCGGAAUUCCAAUCAGAUGAUCUUGUUUGUCCACUAUCAAAUUCAUUGGAAACUAAAACGCCUUGUCCUGUUCAUCAAAAACCAAAUUCGGAAUCAAAUUCCCCAGCUAAACUUAAUGUCUCAAAUGGAGAACCAAGCGCCUAGAAAACUACAAAUUGUAAAUUGUAUCAAUUUCCAGCAUUUGUCUAGAGGCUUCAUGCAUUUAUUUUGAACCAAAAAUAACAAUAGAAUCAAAAGGAUAAUUUUUGGCCAACUUACCUUUAAGAGAAAAAAUAUCACCAAUCUUUAUAAUUAAAGAGAAUGAGAUGUUCAAAAAUAUCGUUCUAAUAAACAAGGCAAUACCAAAGACAAACAUCAACAUCGAUAAUCAACAAUAAUCAGCAAUCAAGAAAAAUCAAAGCAUUGUAAUCAUUUCAUCCGAUUCAUAUCACAUUUUAUCAUCAUUCAAUCACUAGAGGUUCAUAAUUUCGUAGUUGGAUGUAGGAGACCUGUUGAACAAUCAAGAUACAGUCAAGUUGUAAAAAAGGAGAUGUAGACUUUUCUUUUUCUCUGAUUUCUUUCUCUUUAAGGGAAACCAAGAAAUUCAAGCAAAAGAUCCAUAGAGAUAGAGAGAUAAAAAUCAUUAAUUUCAAUAGAUGAUUAUCUUAAUUUUGUGUAGGUUCAGUUGACUAUAUGCAUCUAUCGAGUUAUCAAUAUGACGUCCUGUGAUCCUGCCGUUUGGAACAAUAUCUAAUCACCUUUUCCACCAAAGGGAUUCUCCAAUGAUUCUACUAAAACAAUCAGAUUUUUCGUAAUAUCUGUUGAAACAGCCAGCUAAUUGUCAUCAAUUGUUUUUGAUGUCAUAGAUGAAGGAGGUUUUUCUGAAUCAUCUGAACACAAAAAGCUGAAUAUACACAUUAAUUAGGAAUGAAAACAAAUUGAAAACACGAAAACAAACCGACAAGGACGCUUGACUAUACAGAAAAUUCCUUUUAUCUGAUUUAAAUUAUCAUUUCGUUUUCAUUGAUGUUGAUUGUUAUUGUAGCUGAGGAAAGAAACUCAAAUUGUAAAGCAACAGAGAGAUGAAGAUGUUGAUAUUGAUUGACUAAGAGAGGAAGGGAGGGUGAAUUUUAAAGUGGGUGAUACCCAAUCACCCCGCCUCAAUCAUUUCCAUUAUAACAAUUAUCGUCCAAGUGUUUCGUGAAUCAGAUUAUAUCGAAGUUGCCUUUUAUUAACAUAAAUAUUCUUAGUGUUUGAAUGAGAAUCAAUAUAUUUCCUUACUGUGUCCAUCUUUCAAUUUAUCAAAGUAUUACGAUAACCUAGUUGUGAUAAUUAAAGUUUGACUCCGAUUUAUUAAUUUAA